AACGGGGUUUGUCUACCUGGAACGUCGCAGGGCCUCCUUGCUCUAACUACCAAGGAAUGUGAGCGCACAUUCCGUGUCUUUCACGGGGAGGCCCUAGCCUCGUCUCUGCCGCAGGCACCCCUCGGAGACAGGGUCUGGCAGUGGCCCCCAUGGGGUCUGUGAAUUCCCGAGGUCACAAGGCAGAAGCUCAGGUGGUGAUGAUGGGCCUGGACUCGGCCGGCAAGACCACGCUCCUGUAUAAACUGAAGGGCCACCAGCUGGUGGAGACCCUGCCCACCGUGGGUUUCAACGUGGAGCCCCUCGAAGCCCCUGGGCACGUGUCUCUGACUCUCUGGGAUGUCGGGGGGCAGAGCCAGCUCAGGGCCAGCUGGAAGGACCACCUGGAGGGCACGGAUGUCCUCGUGUACGUGCUGGACAGCACAGACAGCACCCGCUUGCCCGAGGCGGUGGCCGAGCUCACGGAGGUGCUGGACGACCCCCACUUGGCCAGCGUCCCCCUCCUGGUGCUGGCCAACAAGCAGGAGGCGCCCCACGCCCUGCCGCUGCCUGAGAUCAGAGCCAGGCUGGGCCUGCACAGGUUCCAGGGGCUCUGCUGGGAGCUGCGGGGCUGCAGCGCCCUCACCGGAGACGGGCUGCCCGAGGCCCUGGGGAGCUUGAGGCGCCUCCUGAAAUCCCGCAGCCACUGUGUCUCCAGGUGAGCGCAGGGGCAGGCCGUGGGGAGAGCCGGAAGCCUCGACCCGGGCAGAGCAGCCUGUCUUCUUUGCUGACGUGGACCAGAAGACCAGCUAAUCCUGGAGAACCUCAAGUUCAGUUUAUCAAACAAGGAAUCCCCCUGCGCUCGGGCAGAAUAUUUUCAUCUUGGGACUUAUUGUACCCGGUGUUUAUGUUGAAAAUCAACUAUUAUUUGAAUAAUAAUACUCUAAGGGGAAAAAGAAACGUACCUCAACGUACUUCGUUUAGUAACUCAUUACCACGUGUGAACUAAGCAAUUACAAUAAUAGAACAAAAGGUUACAGAAUAAUUAAGACCUAAAUUCACAGAGGGAAAGAGGUUUCAAAAUGGGAUCAGAAUAUCACCUGGAUAUGGUCACGACCUUAUGAGUGAUUUUCCCUGGUAGCCCCUGGGUAUACACCACCAUCACUCUGAGGCAAGCAGUCAGGACCAGUAGGAUCGCGUCUGCUUCUGCAGGAUCUUGGGUUUAGAAGUUCGCUGGGGCGCUCAGCCCAGGCAGAGGCCGGGAGUUCAGGCCUUCCAAAAUUGAUCCUCUUCUUUGAUCCUGAUAAACACUUCCCCAACUUUUUGUUAUCCUGUGCUGGUCUUUUUCUAAAACCAUUGUUUUCUUUCUGUUCUCCUUCUCUUUUCCUUAUAGCACAUAGGUUUCCUUGAAGAUCAGAUUAAUCAAUGAUUUCAUUCAUUUAUUCAUUCACUUAAUCAAAAAAUACGUCGAGUAUUGAAUUUGUGGCAAAAGGCAAUGAGCUUUAGAUGUGAAGCUGGACCUCCAGGCGGGAAGUGUGAAUUUUGAAGAUAUGUACAACAGCAAUGAACCUCUUACUAUUAAUAGUGAAAAUAAACUUGAAUACAGCAUCCUAGAAGGGUUUUCGGGUGAUCUUUACCUAAGAUCCAUGAAGCUCCUGAAAUUAUUUGCACAAUGUUAUGCUUUGGGCCAUUAUUCAUUCUUUUUUAAAAAGAUUAAUUAAUUAAUUGGCUGCUUUGGGUCUUUGUUGCUACGUGCAGGCUUUCUCUAGUUGCGGCAAGCAGGGGCUACUCUUCAUUGCAGUGCGU